GCAGCGGGGCCGCUCCGCUCGCUCCCGGCGAGCCCAACAAAGGCGGCGGGGCCAUGGCGGGCCCCUCGCCCCGCUGCCAGCCGCCCUAAGCCCCGCCGAGCACCGCCGCGAUGUGGCCGGGCCGCGGCGGGAGGCGCUGGGCGCUGGCGCUGGCCCUGGCGCUGGCCCUGGGCGGCCGCUGCCCCGCCGCCCACAACGCCUCGGCCGGGCCCCCGCGCUGCCGCCGCCCCGCGCCCUGCGAGCGGCUCCGCUUCGGCGCCUGCCUGGGCUCCGCGCUGCCCUACGCCGCCACCUCCACGCUGCUGGCCACCGACUCCGCCUCGCAGGAGGAGGCGCACGGGAAGCUGCUGCUCUGGUCCGGCCUGCGCAACGCCCCGCGCUGCUGGGAUGUCAUCCAGCCCCUGCUCUGCGCCGUCUACAUGCCCAAGUGUGAGGAUGGGCAGGUGGAGCUGCCCAGCCAGACCCUGUGCCAGGCCACCCGGGCACCCUGCACCAUCGUGGAGCGCGAGCGCGGCUGGCCCGACUUCCUCAAGUGCACCACCGACCGCUUCCCCGAGGGCUGCCCGAACGAGGUGCAGAACAUCAAGUUCAACAGCUCGGGGCAGUGCGAGGCGCCGCUGGUGAGGACGGACAACCCCAAGAGCUGGUACGAGGACGUGGAGGGCUGCGGCAUCCAGUGCCAGAACCCGCUGUUCACCGAGAAGGAGCACCGCGAGAUGCACGUCUACAUCGCCGCCUUCAGCUCCGUCACCAUCUUCUGCACCUUCUUCACCCUGGCCACGUUUGUCGCUGACUGGAGGAACUCCAACCGCUACCCCGCCGUCAUCCUGUUCUACGUCAACGCCUGCUUCUUCGUGGGCAGCAUUGGCUGGCUGGCACAGUUCAUGGACGGCGCCCGCGACGAGAUCGUGUGCCGGGCCGACGGCACCAUGCGGCUGGGCGAGCCCACCUCCAACGAGACGCUGUCCUGCGUCAUCAUCUUCGUCAUCGUGUACUACUCGCUGAUGUCGGGCGUCAUCUGGUUUGUCAUGCUCACCUACGCCUGGCACACGUCCUUCAAGGCCCUGGGCACCACCUACCAGCCGCUGCUGGGCAAGACCUCCUACUUCCACCUCAUCACCUGGUCCAUCCCCUUCGUGCUCACCGUGGCCAUCCUGGCCGUGGCGCAGGUGGACGGUGACUCCGUCAGUGGCAUCUGCUUCGUGGGCUACAAGAACUACCGCUACCGAGCCGGCUUCGUGCUGGCCCCCAUCGGGCUCGUGCUCAUCGUGGGGGGCUAUUUCCUCAUCCGGGGGGUCAUGACGCUCUUCUCCAUCAAGAGCAACCACCCCGGGCUGCUGAGCGAGAAGGCGGCCAGCAAGAUCAACGAGACCAUGCUGCGCCUGGGCAUUUUUGGCUUCUUGGCCUUCGGCUUCGUCUUCAUCACCUUUGGCUGCCACUUCUAUGACUUCUUCAACCAGGCCGAGUGGGAGCGCAGCUUCCGGGAAUACGUCCUGUGUGAGGCCAACGUGACCAUCGCCACGCAGACCAACAAGCCCAUCCCGGACUGCGAGAUCAAGAACCGGCCGAGCCUCCUGGUGGAGAAGAUCAACCUCUUCGCCAUGUUCGGCACCGGCGUCUCCAUGAGCACCUGGGUCUGGACCAAGGCCACCCUGCUCAUCUGGAAGCGCACCUGGUGCAGGCUGACGGGGCAGAGCGACGACCAGCCCAAGAGGAUCAAGAAGAGCAAGAUGAUCGCCAAGGCCUUCUCCAAGCGCAAGGAGCUGCUGCGCGACCCGGGCCAGGAGCUGUCCUUCAGCAUGCACACCGUGUCCCACGACGGCCCCGUGGCCGGCUUGGCGUUCAACAUCAACGAGCCGUCGGCCGACGUGUCCUCGGCCUGGGCCCAGCACGUCACCAAGAUGGUGGCCAGGAGAGGGGCCAUCCUGCCCCAGGACAUCUCCGUGACACCCGUGGCGACGCCUGUGCCACCAGAGGAGAGGGCCAACCUGUGGGUGGUGGAGGCCGACGUGUCCCCGGAGCUGCAGAAGCGCAGCGGCCGCAAGAAGAAGCGGAGGAAGAAGAAGAAGGAGGUGACCCCAGACCCCGAGCGCUGCCCGGGGCGCUCCACCGCCCCCAGCACCGUCCCUCGCCUGCCCCGCCUGCCCCCCCAGCCCUGCCUGGUGGCUUUUGCCCCCGAUGUCCUGCCCGAUGCCACCUUCCCCGGGGGCCCGUGGGACGGGCGCGGCCGCAGGGCCGACGUCCUGCACGUGAUCAGCAACCCCUUCUGCCCCGAGAGCGGCGCCGCCGACCCCGAGAGCCCCGGCGCCGGGCGCUGGCACCACAACGGGGGCCCCCUGUGGCCCCCCCAGCCCGGCCCCCUGCCCCGCCCCGGGGCCAGCAGGACUCAGGGCUGCCGGGCAGGGCUGGCCCCCAUCCACUCUCGGACCAACCUGGUGGACGCGGAGCUGCUGGAGCCCGAUUCGGACUUCUGAUCCCAGCGGGGUGUG